CUCCGGGUGUGGGGCGGGCUGGCGGGCGCUGCGGCUGCCGGGCUGCUGCUUCCUUGGGCCAUUUUGCUGAAGAGCGACCGGGAGGAGGAGCCGCCGAAGAGACCCUAGGCGAGCGGCGGCGAGCCGGAGGAGGCGGCCGCAGUGCGGGCCUGGGCUCUCCUCGAUCGCGGGGAUCCCGAAGGGUGAAAGGAUCGCCAGGGAGGGGGACCGGAGAGCCGCGCCCGCCGCGCGGCGCGCCCCUUCCCGCCCCCUGCACCAUGAGCUGGGGUACGGAGCUCUGGGAUCAAUUCGACAACUUAGAAAAACACACACAGUGGGGAAUUGAUAUUCUUGAGAAGUACAUCAAGUUUGUAAAGGAAAGGACGGAGAUCGAACUCAGCUAUGCCAAGCAACUCAGGAAUCUUUCGAAGAAAUACCAACCUAAGAAGAACUCGAAGGAGGAGGAGGAAUACAGGUACACGGCCUGCCAGGCCUUCCUGUCCACCCUGAACGAGAUGAAUGACUACGCCGGGCAGCACGAGGUCAUCUCGGAGAACCUGAGCUCGAAGAUCACGGCGGGGCUGGCGCGCUACGUCCAGGAGCUGAAGCAGGAAAGGAAAUCGCGCUUCCAGGACGGGCGGAAGGCCCAGCAGCACAUAGAGACCUGCUGGAAGCAGCUGGAAUCGAGCAAGAGGCGCUUCGAGCGCGACUGCAAGGAGGCGGAGCGCGCGCAGCAGCACUUCGAGAAGAUGGACGCGGACAUCAACGUCACCAAAGCGGACGUCGAAAAGGCACGACAGCAAGCUCAACUGCGUCACCAAAUGGCAGAGGACAGCAAAGCGGAUUACUCAUCGAUUCUCCAGAAAUUCAACCAUGAGCAGCGCGAGUACUACUACACCCACAUCCCGACCAUAUUCCAGCAAAUACAGGAGAUGGAGGAGAGGAGGAUAGUGCGCCUCGGGGAGUCCAUGAAGACCUACGCGGAGGUGGACCAGCAGGUGACCCCGAUCAUCGGCAAGUGCUUGGACGGCAUCAUCAAGGCCGCCGAGGCCAUCGACCAGAAAAACGACUCACAGCUGGUCAUAGAAGCUUACAAGUCGGGGUUCGAGCCCCCCGGAGACAUCGAGUUUGAGGACUACACACAGCCGAUGAAGCGCACCGUGUCAGAAAACAGCCUUUCCAACUCCAGAGGGGAAGGCAAAGCCGAGCCCAAAUUUGGUGGCAAAGCCAAAGGGAAGUUGUGGCCGUUCAUCAAGAAAAACAAGCUUGUGUCCCUUUUAACAUCCCCCCAUCAGCCUCCCCCUCCUCCCCCCGCCUCUGCCUCACCCUCUGCUGUUCCCAACGGCCCCCAGUCUCCCAAGCAGCCAAAGGAACCCCUCUCCCAUCGCUUCAACGAGUUCAUGACCUCCAAACCCAAAAUCCACUGCUUCAGGAGCCUAAAGCGAGGGCUUUCUCUCAAGCUGGGCUCCACGCCAGAAGACUUCAGCAACCUCCCACCUGAGCAGAGAAGGAAAAAGCUCCAACAGAAAGUGGAUGAAUUGAACAAAGACAUUCAGAAGGAGGUGGAUCAAAGAGAUGCUAUAACGAAAAUGAAAGACGUUUACCUAAAGAACCCUCAGAUGGGAGACCCGGCCAGUCUGGACCACAAAUUAAUAGAAGUCAGCCAAAAUAUCGAAAAGCUGCGACUAGAGGCCCAGAAAUUUGAGGCCUGGCUGGCAGAGGUGGAGGGCAGGCUGCCGGCCCGCAGGCAGAGCGGACUCUACGACGCCCAGAGCACCCCGCCGGUCAACAACUGCGCACAGGCCCGGGAGAGCAGCCCGGAUGGCAGUUACACGGAGGAGCAGAGUCAGGAGAGCGAGGUGAAGGUGCCGGCCAUGGACUUCGAUGAUGAGUUCGACGACGAGGAGCCCCUGCCGGCCAUCGGGACCUGCAGAGCCCUCUACACGUUUGACGGUCAGAAUGAAGGGACCAUCUCCGUCGUGGAAGGAGAAACGCUGUACGUCAUCGAGGAAGACAAAGGGGACGGGUGGACCCGCAUCCGGAGGAGCGAAGACGAAGAGGGCUAUGUCCCCACUUCAUACGUCGAAGUCUAUUUGGACAGAAAUGCCAAAGUCUGUGUAACCGCUGGGGAAGCCGGAAGGACCGUUUCUCGGGUCCCUAGGGCCCUGCCGGCUGCUCCAGACUUGAGUUUAUUAUAGACACUUGGGUUCUGAAUUCCUAGAGGCGGCGCGAGCUGGAGCCCCGGAGCCCUGUUCCCUGGAGAGACCCUUCGGUCCGCUGGUCCCCACAGGCCCGGUGCGGACGACUGCGCUUGGGCUGGGCUGGAGCGUGCCCCGGUCGUCUCGGCCCGAAGCGACAUCCCCGCACCAUGCGGCUGCUUGCCUUUUCUUUCCUUUUCUUUUCUUUUCUUUUUUCUUUUCUUUUCACAGCAUGCUCCUCCAUGUGGCCCAGCUCCUCCCUCCCGGGCCACAGUCUGGCCACCUCCCUGGGGGGUAGGGGGGCGGGGGGGGGGUGGGCAGGUCUGUCCCCAUCCCAGUCCUCACCCCGUGCAGGACUGUGGAAGGUGGGUAGACACGGGCUCCCCCAGCUCCUGCCCUGGCCCUCAGUCCUCCUGGCCUGGCCUGGCCCGCCCACGGUUCACACUGUGCCUUUUGUGAAAACUCUGCCACUGGCGGUGCCCUUGACUCCCAGCCUCCUGGGGAGACUGACAGAAUCGGGUAGGGAGCACCCCAGGUGGACUGAGCGCCUGAGUGUCACUGAUGUGGUCCCGCGUCAUUUACUCCAGAAAAAACUCACCUAUUCCCCAGUCCAUCGAGCAUUCGCUGGGCCUUUUCUGGUGGCCGGUCCUCACCUCAUACUAGACAUGGGCCCUGGAGACAUGGGCCUGUGAGUGUCAGUGGUGGGCAGGGGAGCACACACACACACACAGAUGCACGCACACCCGUGUGUGCACACGGAUUCGUUGGGGGCCCUGCCUGCUGUCUCGUCUGCGCCCACCCCUCGUGGGGCUGAGGACCGGUCCCCAGGAGCCGCGCGCCUGGCGAGCGAACGUCUCCCCUGUACGUUGUUAGCUCCUUGCAAAGUGAAAAUUCCCCUCUUUCACGAAUUCCAGUUUGCAUCUUAGGAUUUUAGCGCAUCCAUCACCAAAGACCCUGUGCUUCUUGCAGUCCUUCUAGUGACCCCGUGGCUCCCGCUUCUGCACUUGUCAUGAGCUUGCCGGGCCGCGUGGGGUUAACUGAGCUUUCUGAGCCAGUUCCUCUCGUGGACCCCGAGGAAAGGAUCCUGAAUAAAGCAGUGGUCACGGAGCCUGUCUCCACUCACACUGCCCAGCGGUGCGGCUCCUCCUGUCUGGUGCAGAGACCGUCUGGAGAGGUCGUCGCCCGAGGAUAAAAUCGGGCCUCUGCCUACUUUGGUUUGGCUUUUGGCAGCUAGGUGGCACGCUCAGUUCCCCUUGAUGUUGAUGAAUCUAAGACAAGGAAGUCCUCUGGGAGCCCAAGGGGCAGGAAGAUGGCUACUCUCCGCACACCGGGGCUGACCGCACACCACCCAGCAGCUCAGUCCCCUCUCGGUGACCGCAGCCAGGAGCAAGCGGACGCCUGGGGUAUGCAGGCAAAGAGGAAGUGACUUCAGGUUUAGGGCGAGCGAGGGACCUGCCUGGGCCCUUUCUCGCUCCCACUUGCCCAGAUGUGGGGCCAGGUCCAGGGGUGCAGAUCGCCUGCCCGGAGCCUUGCAGCUGGGGGUCUCAGGGCUGCUGUCCUUGAAGCAGCUUCUGCUCCCCACAGUGGGCCGCCCUUUGUAGCAAUCUGUCUCGGGAGGGGACAGGUUUGGCAGGUGACACCGAAGCCAGGAUGCCAAAGGUGAGAAGAGCCAGGGCCUCACCUGCAUCCCUGCAAGCCAACAGGUGCGUGGUUAAUUCGGGCAGGCAGUCCCAGCAGCCCCACUGGGGGUGCCUCCGUCGUGGGGUGAUGAGGUCUCCCCGGGACCUGCUGCAUUUUCCCAGGCCCAGCCGGCCGCUCUCCACCCCACAAGGAUGUGAAUGGCUUUUAGAAUCGGACCUUGGAGCUCAGCUACGCGUGUGCAUUGCUCUCACAGUGGGUCAGGAUACACGGAUUCCUUGCCACGAAGGGGAGAAGGCGUGAGCUGGGGUGAUCUGUUCUUCCAACGUCUGUGGAGCCCAAUGUCUGCUUGUGUCCCCUCAUGUCCCUGUGCCCUGUUUUUCCUUCUCUACCACCUGCAUCCAGAAAAGAAUGGACAAUGACUGCUUUUCAACCUUCACCUUGGCGUUCGCUCCUCUGCGGAUCUGGGCAGCCACGUGGACGGGAGGUGCUGUGCCAACCGGGCUUAUUAAAGGAAACGAUUAUUCUGUGACCUUGCGAUCCUGUAUAUCCUUUGCUCUGGGGCCCCAGCGACAUCACCUGCUGUCAAUUCCCCACGUGCCUCUCAGUCACCCCGGAGCCCACGGCCUGUCAUUUCUCCGCCAAUGCGAGAAUGUCAUCAUGUUGUGAGAAUGAUGAAUUGGUGAAGAACCUGCCCCCAAAAGGACUUCAGAUGGAAGAGAGGGACUUGUCUUUGCCCCUUGACUCCUUUGCUGGGCGGGACGACAUGAGAAGGUGGGGACUGUGGAAGGGGGCGUCCCUUUGUGGGGGUUCUUUCUGCAGCUUCCAGGCUCUGACCCUUCGGCGACAUAAGCCCGUAGCUCGUCUCAUCAGCAAGAGCACAAAGGCCUCUGGGUAACAGCUGUGACCGCAGAAGGACGUUUACCGGACAGGAAAAGGGUACGUGGAGCCAAGCGUUUCUCCUGAAAUUUUAGUUUCGGACUUCUGAUGGCUCUGCUUGCAGCGCUCCUGCCGUCAAAAAUCCUCUUUAAAAAGCGAUCCGAGAUCCCAUGUCCACCUGCUUGUGGUUCACCUGUGUGUGGCACUGAUUCUGAACUGUGGAGGCCCUUCGCUGUGGCCACGUCAUGGCCACUGUCCCGGUUCCGGAGUCGCCCGUUUGUCUCUGGAGGUAGAAUUAAACCAAACACCGUGUUCCGUCGGAAGGCUUCUGUUGACCUUGUAACUACAUGUUAAUCCUCUAAAUGUUAAAUAAAAGCCUGACUCGUG